UUUAGUUCCAGCAGAAGAAUUCUCGCCCAGACAGCACUGGACGAUGAGAAGAAGCUGAGAAGCUCCAGUCAUUACACUCUGGGGCUCCGUCCAUCUUCUGCAGGUGAGGACAAGGUCGACCACAAGGACAAUUGAAACAGGAGCUUCCACAUCCUGUUCAUCCCACAGACAAAGUUUCUCCUUUUCGUUGAUUCCUCCUGACCAUGGAUAGAUCCACUCAAGAGCUUUUCCUCAACUUUAUGAUAGUCCUGAUAACAGUACUCCUCAUGUGGCUUCUGGUGAAGUCUUAUCAAGACUGAAAGACUCAUAUUCCUGGAAUCAUGGAAGGAUCUGCUUCUGGUGUAGGAUAAGAAUGCUGUUCCUCAGAAGUGCUUCUCUAUGUGCUCCAAGUUUUAAUGUAGAAAAAAUGUAAUGCAUUUUUUUU